AUGUGUGCAUUUGUUUUGGAUCAACUGUUAGUCAAAUGCCUCCUCGAGAUACCAUCAACACAUAAUGAUAUUGAUGAAAUGAUUCAAACUUGUAAAUUUUUUAACGGUAACGCAGCUGAAAUGCAACAAAUUGAUAAUUUUGAAAAAUAUUAUCGCUCAGAAGAUGCAUUAAAAUGGUAUACUCAACAAAGCUUUUUAUUUCGUUUAUUAAACUCGGCAUUAAAAAUGGUUAAUAUUAAUGUAAUAUUCAAACUUCGUCGUCUCAUUCAAGAUCUUUGUAAUCAAUUGCAUAUGUUAUAUGAUGAAUCGAGGAAACAACCAUCUAAUAAAAAAAUAAUUGUUUAUCGAGGAUUACAACUGUCAAAUGAUGAAUUACAAAAACUUCGUAAUAAUAUUGGUAAUUUAUUUUCUGCUAAAGUAUUUUUAUCCACAUCACUAUCAAAAGAUAUAGCAAUGCUAUUUGCUGGUAAAUCAUGCUCACCUGGCACUUUAUCUGCUGUGUUUGAAAUAGAAAUUGAUCCAAAUAUGACUACGAAACCAUUUGCCGAUAUUUCGAAAUUCAGUUCGUUUGCAGAAGAAGAUGAAGUACUUUUUUCGCCGGGAAGUACAUUUCAAAUUAAAGAUGUUGAAUUAUUAUCAGAUGGAAUGUCGUUGAUUAAAUUAAAAUUAUGCUAUGAAGAAUUUAUUGAACAAUUAUUGA